UUCAGGUAAACAAUUUCAAAUGUGAAGUCAUGGAGGCGAAAUUGACGAAUUUGGGACUGUUGAUUUCACUUUAUCUAGUUAAUUAUGUGCAAGGACAAGUUAUAUCAGGAAAUAUUCUACAAAUUCUCCAGCGAACAACAGGAUUUUCUAAGUUUGCGCAGCUGGUUACCAGAGCACAACUUACGAGGUUCUACGAGUCUCCAACUACGAUGACGGUGUUUGCGUUUAAUGACACGGCUUAUAAUCAGCUACCAUACAGAGAACGCAACAUAAUAGACAGUUAUACGGAAACGGAGCUCAAAGAUUACCUCAAGUUCUGUACAAUCCCAGGAAAUCGCGUACCCACCACAGCUAUCCAGGACAACCAACAAUUACGGAGCAGCGACUCUAACGGGGACCGCCUCUUUUUCAAUCGCGUCCAGAGAAUGGACACAACUUCGGCCGGCACAUUUGGACCAAUCAAGUAUUACGUCAAUGGUGUGGAGAUUUCAGAGGGAACAAAUCGCGACAUCUCAGCCACCAAUGGGCUCGUUCAUGGUCUAAAUGGAGUCAUGCGUAAACCAAGUCAGAAAACAGCGUUUGGGUGGAUCCAAGAUCCAGAAGAUGCUUCACAGAGAUUUACGCGAUUCAUGGAUUUGAUGAGCUAUAUGUAUGUACAAGACAGCAUUAACGAUAUUUCAUCACCAGACAAGAUAACCACCUUGUUUGUACCCAAUGACAACGCAAUGCAAAAGAUUCCUAUCACACAGCUAGACAGACUCAAGAACGAUCCCACAGAAUUACAAAGGAUCCUACAAGCUCAUUAUGUUCCUAAUCGGGCCAUUUUCACCAACUGUAUCUCCCACAAUGAAGGCGUUACCAAUGCCAGAGGUCAACCACUGACCUUCAGGAAGCCAUCAGGUUACAAUGUGUAUGUUAACAGUGAUGGUGUCAGUGCAGCCAUUGUUGAGGGAAAUAUCACGGUGUCUAACGGAGUAGUUCAUGUGGUGGAUCAGCUGUUAGGAUUUGUGUACAACAACAUCCGGGAACAGAUUCAACGAGAGGGGACGAAAUUUGAACAGCUGAUAAAUCUGGGUACAGAGAACGUACGGAGCGCGUUGGUUCAGCCAUCUGGGGUGUCGGUCUUCAUGCCUCUGGACACGGCCUUCGCUAAGAUCGCUAACAUCCGCUGGGCCAACCUCAAUAGUAAUCAGACACUGGUGGACAUGGUGCUUCGACUCCAUAUUCUGAUCCCUAACAACCCUAUUAUCAUCUCCUCCUUGCCAGCGAUGAGUGGAUACGAAAGUCGCCAGUACAGACAGACCAUGUACUGCAAUGAGAGGGUCACCAUUUAUAAUGAAAGAAAUGAAACCUGGGUACAGGGAGGUAACGUGAAAGCUCGUGUGAUCCGGCCGGAUAUAAAGACCGUUAACGGGAUGAUCCACAUCAUCGACUCCGUUCUAGGAAUCCCCUACUUAGAUCUCCCCAUGCUGAUCUGUCAUGACGUCUGGCUACUGCGUACCUAUGACUACAUGCGGAGAGUGGGACUGAAGAACUACCUGACAGAUAGGAGAUUCACUGCGGAGAAGUGUAACUUUGAGAUCUAUGGCUAUCCUCCAAAUUACGGAUCAGCCGCUCUCACCAACCAGGGGACCACCUGCCCCACGUACUGUAGUCAGGCCCAGUAUCAGAACCAGUACCCCUGCAACUCUGCCCAGUGUCAGACAAACACUGGGGGGUCCACCACCUGCCCCACCUAUUGUGCCCAGGCCAACUACCAGAACCAGUAUCCCUGUAACACUGCCCUGUGUGCCAAUAGCAACAUAGGGAGCUCCACCUGUCCUACGUAUUGUUCGCAGGCCCAGUUCGCCAAUCAAUUCCCCUGUAACUCGGCCCCUUGUCAGACUGGGGGGUCUAACUGCCCCGCCUACUGUUCUCAGCCCCAGUACGCUAAUUCCCAGCAGUGCAUGAGUUGUAAUGGCGGUUCUACGACACAGUGUCAGUACGUCAGCUACUGCAGCGACCCGAGUAACGCCAAUAAAAGUCCAUGUAACACUUACCCCUGUAACAUGCUGAAUGGUAUGAACACUGGGUCACAGGGCACGUCUAACUAUGACAUGGGGUACUGUGGGACCACUACUGUGGCUUGUGAGUUCACCGUGUUUGUCCCUAAUUCCAGUGCUAUCGACUACUUCUCAGUGUCACUUAACGGGAACAGAGUCAUGAGAGAUACGCCAAGAUUCCAAUAUUUGUUUAAGCGGCUGAUUGUUCCGGGGAGGAUCUAUAUAGAGAAAAUGGGGAACGGAAACCACCAGAUGAAAAUGCUAAACGGGGAGACAAUUAGUCUCACCAAAACCAAUGACAGAGAUGUGCGGAUCUAUUUUGGAGGAGCCUCAGCUAAUGUUAUUCACAUGGACGAGGGGGCGACAAAUGGGGUGAUGCAUAUCAUUGACCAGUUAUUAUUUGUUCAGGAUGACCUCACGAGAAAUGUGAACUCGGCGGGUCAUGUGACAUUUUCCUUGUGGCUUGUGUUAGGGACGUUAAUGAUCAAGUAUGCCUUAUUCAACACGAGAUGAUUCCUGAGGAUUGUUGUUGCCAUGGGAACCAUUGUCCACUAAAAUACUUUUUAUAUAUAUAGUAUCCAUUUUUUUUUUUACUGUGUAUAUAGAUGAAUAUUUUUUAUACAACAUAUUAUAUAUGUUUCUAUUUCUUUGUAAGUGAUCACUUUAUGAUCCAAUGUUAAUGAUUUUUUU